CACAUGAUCUACCGUACAUAAUUAUGAUCGUCUAAAGUCGACGACGACGGCUUCAUUAUGACUAGAUUUUAACGUUAACGUUGGAGGAGCUAACUUAUUUUGUUCACGAUAGAGACAAAUCUCUGAAUGUCUGUCGCUCUGCCUGCUGCAGAAUGUGAGGUGAAAUUUGAACUAUGUUUAUAUUUUUUAAAUCAUUUUUAUAAUGCGAUGAGAUAGUAUCUGAGACUGAGUCUGACUCUGAGAUAGUGAUCAGUGACAGUGUCCAGUGCAGUGCAGUGUCACUAUCACUAGUAUCAGUGACAGUGACGACUGAGUCUCGGCUCAGACUCAGUCACUCACACUGAGAUUGCUGAUUCAUUGGACAGGCCAUGGAAUGGAUAGACGAAAACGCAAAAGCUUCGGUCUCUGUUAUAAUGGUUGUUCCGCUGAAAACCGUUGGCUCCACUCACCAAAUACAGAGACCGAAGUUCUAGCUCGAUCUGUACAGGGACUCGAUGAUAUGUUUAUGACUUAUGUAUUGAAUUUGGAUAAAACAGGGAAGUGAAGUUGUGCGACAGCCAAAGUACGGUACCGUCGCCAGAGACAGCAUUGCACAUAUACACCAUGAUAUCUACAUCCUCCAGCAAGCAUUUCUUCCAGCCACUCUCCUCAUGCAGCACUAAACUGAUCAUACCCACCCUCAUCAUUGUAACGGCAGUAUGCAUUCAAGCGACCUCCGCCUUCAUGACCCCUGACAUGAUACUGAAGUUAACCACAGCAGGGCGCCCUCCGAUGGUGCCCCAUGUCCAGGGCGAGGUCUCCGGCAGGUGCAAGACGGAACUGGCUGCCGUCAUUUCAGCAGAGACCUCUGAGCUUCUUCAGGUGGUGGACUCGUUUGGGAAGCCGGAGUCUGGUCUACUGGUUGGCAAUGCGGUGUGGAUGGGUCACUAUGAUGAAUGCAAGAGCAUUACAGGAUUCAACUUCUGCAUGUCCUAUCUUCAGCUGACGCUCCCCCAAAACGGCUCUAUAGUUCCUAGUCCUACUGGCCAAACACAGUUGAUGUGGGGAGUGUGUGUUCCAGAAUCCUGCUCAGACUCGGAUGUACUCUAUGCUCUACAAGACCUACUUAAUUUAGUCGAAGCUCCCUUUGAUAUCUCAGCUGUGAAUGCUUCUUCGGUCCUAUGUGCACAGGAUCCACCUGCUCCAUACGAUGCUGUUGGUUUUAUUUUAACAAUGGCAGUCAUAGGCUUACUAGGGACUCUGAUGGUGCUUGGGGCUUUCCUGGAUACCACCUUGCGAUCCGUCCACUACAAGGCCCCGCCCACCAGUCGGCAGCUGGUUAUCAACAGGACAACCAACGUGUACCCCUACCAGAGGGUUGGGAGCCCCUCAGGGGAUGAGGGGAGGGGCACAUCCCAAGCAGAAGAGAUGGAGGUGCAGUACCUGGAAGAGACACCCACAGCAUGCACCAGGGCCUGGCAGCAGUUCCUGUUAUGUUUUGCUGUUAAUCGCAACCUCAAGAAGCUGCUCUCGUCAAAGACUGGAGAGGGCGGUAUAGGCUGCCUCAACGGCAUUCGGGUCAUCAGUAUGACCUGGGUCAUCUUGGGUCAUGUGCCGCUUUUUAUGAUUUCGGCCGGAAUUGUCGGGAAUCCAUUGUAUGCCUUCCAGUACACCAGCCGGUUUGGGAUUCAAGUAGUGGUUAACGCUUAUUUCUCAGUCGAUUCUUUCUUCUUUCUCAGCGGGCUGCUGGUUGCCUAUAUGUCUUUGGGCAGGAUGGCAAAGAGCGGAGGAAAGCUACCUUGGUUUUGGUUUUAUUUCCACCGGUACUGGAGGUUAACUCCUGCGUUGGGUAUGACCACGUUGAUCUGGCUCUUCUUAAAACCCUAUCUUGGAUCGGGACCGGUCUGGCAGUCCAACGUCUCGGACCCGUUCUGUUCUCGGGACUGGUGGGUCAACCUACUGUACAUCAAUAACUUUUACCAUAAUGAUUGUAUAGCUUGGGUAUGGUAUCUAGCUAAUGAUAUGCAGUUCUUUAUCAUCAGUCCUAUUCUACUAAUCAUGCUACACAGGCGACCAUUGCUUGGACUGCUUAGUCUUUUUGGAAUCUGUGUGGCCAGCUCAGUUACUACAGGUCUACUCAUGGCAAAACAUAAUUUCUCAGUACUUUUUCUCGAUGCAUCAAAUCCAAAUCCCCCAACGGAUCAAAGCCAAUCCUUUACAGAGGUGAUCUACGAUAAACCUUACUGCCGCAUUGCACCUUAUAUGGUCGGCAUGGCGAUGGGAUACCUUCUACAUAAAAUCAAGAAAGACAAUGUCAAACUGCAUCCGUCUGUAGUGGUGGUAGGAUGGGGUGUUGCUACAGCCGUAGGAAUGGCGGUGGUAUACGGGCUGUACGGAGGUUACAACAGUCAUCCCCUUAGUACGACGGAGAACGCCGUCUACAUGGCACUAUGUCGGUUUGCUUGGGCGGUCAGCCUCUCCUGGGUUGUGUUUGCCUGUCACUAUGGAUACGGAGGUUGGAUCAACGACUUUCUGAGUUGGGAGUUGUGGAUACCGAUGAGUCGCCUGACAUAUUCGGCCUAUCUUCUUCAUCCUAUCGUCAUCAUAAUCUACGGCUACAACUUGACCAACACCUACUUCUACUCCAUCUAUACUCUGGCAUUUGAGGUUGCUGCCUUCAUAGCCCUUGGCUACAUGGCUGCUAUCUUGAUGGCAGUAGCAAUCGAGUUCCCGUUUGGAAACCUGGAAAGAAUGAUCAUGCCAUCAACAGACAAGAAGACCAAGUAGCUGAAUGUAUAUUCAAGAUGGUGACACGACAUAUGCUCCUGCGACAUUUGCUCCAGUCUUAAUAUCUCAUAGGGUUAUGAUUAGGAUCAUAAUGGAGUUUUUGGUUCAGAUUAAAGUAAAGAAAUACAAUUAUAUGUUUCUUUUGAUCCAAAGACUCCUGGAGCUCUUAAUAAUGCUCUGGUUAAACUUCAGAAUUGUAUAUCAGAUAUAAGACAGUGGAUGAUAGUGAAUAAGCUAAAACUAAAUGACAAAAAACUGAAUUUUUUGUUGCGGCCUCUACUUAUAACUUGCACAAUCUUCCAAAUGUUGAUGUUGAUGGUACACUCAUUAGACCAUCAGAAAAAAUACGAAACCUUGGUGUCAUAUUUGAUUCCUGCAUAUCAAUGUCGUACCAUAUCUCUCAUAUCUGUAGCACAGUCACUUUUUAUUUAAGGAAUAUUUCUAGAAUCAGAAGGUUCAUUGACCAGUCUGCCUGUCACAAUGCUGUUCGUUCAUUGGUUCUAUCUCGUAUUGAUUAUUGCAUUGGGCUUCCUUCUACAAUUCCCUCUAAUCAAUUAAUCCGUAUUCAACGACUACAAAAUUGGGCAGCACGAUUAAUUUUACAGGUUUCCCGAGAUCAUCUUUCCCAAUCACUCUUUAAUUCUCUUCACUGGCUUCCUUUUAAACAGAGAAUUACGUCCAAAUUGCUCUUGAUUGUCUAUAAAACACUGAAUAAACAGGCUCCACAGUAUUUAAGUAACUGCUUGAAUCUGUAUACACCAACUAGAGCACUUAGGUCGGCCAGUGAUCACCUUCGCCUCACAUAUUCAUUAACUCGUACAUUAGUUGGUGACAGAACUUUUAUGGUGUCGGCUUCAAAAUCCUGGAAGGACCUGCCACUAAUAAUUAGACAGUCUCCAACAGCAAUUUUCAAAAAGUCAUUAAAAACUCAUCUCUUUCGUACUUUGUAGUUUUUAAUAUUACAUUUAAUUAAUUCAUUGUAAGCGCUUUGGGCAUAAUGGGAAAAGCGCAGUACAAAUAAUAAGUAAUAAUAAUAAUAUAAAAGGAUUAGGGUCUAUUUAAUUUUUUAGGUUAAGUUUUACAUGUAUGUUUGGCAUAACAUGCAGGUUUCCCAUUAGAGCAAUUGUCACCAGAGCUUUUCUCUUGAAACCAGUAUGAUUUAUGGCCUGGUACAUGUACGUUUGAUCUUUAGGAUACGGUGACACGGAGUUUGCUCCUGCGACAUUGGCAACAGGCUUUAUUUCAGGCAAGAUGAAGGUUUAAGGAUUGCAGUAGGGUUUUAUGAUGGGUUUCGGAUAUGGUACAGUGUUAAAUCUCGUUUGAAGUUGGUCAUUCCAUACGCUAUGAGGAAUAUGCCGGAGCAAUUGUCGCUGGAACAAAUGUCGUGGAAUUAUUGUAAACAUGCUAUUACUUAUGUUAAGUUUAAAGCCUCUUGAUUAGAAAUCGCCAAAUAUGAAUGUUGGUAUUGUGGUGCACAUUUGACAAUCAAAUACUGGUGCCAAGACUGUAGACCUAUAGACUCAUGCCAAAACAUAUUCUGUUGUUUCAUUUGGUUGAUAGACGAUACUUGGUUAUUUUUUAAUAUCCACGUAGAAAAGGAAAUCUUAACCAAGCUUUAAUUUUUCUUAUGAAUUCUUUAGUGCCAUUUAUUGAUCCCUGCAUAAAAACAGUGGGUGUUAAUGUAUACAGUGGGAAGUUUAUUGUGUACAUGUAGCAAUGUCGAGUUUUGUCAACUCGAUCUUAGCACAUUCCUCAUACAGUUCCCAGGGGCGGAUCU